AUGAUGGAACGCCUUAAUUGCCAUGUGAAAGAGUAUGCAUGGGGAAAGAAAGGUCUUGAUUCAGAGGUUGCACGUUUAUAUGCUGAUGGUCAUGAUCAAUUCAAGGUUGAUAAAGAACAGACGUAUGCUGAAUUGUGGAUGGGCACUCAUCCUGAUGGUCCUGCAAUAGUCAAGAAUACAAAUGUCAAACUUAGUACAAUAAUUGCUAAAGAUGAUAAUAAAAGUUCAUUCUCUAUAAAAUCAGAUAACUCUGAUUUUUCAUAUUCAUAUAAUAGUGAUGAUGAAAAAGAAGAUUCACAUUUACCAUUUAUUAUGAAAAUAAUGUCAAUUAAUAAAACAUUAUCACUUCAAGUUCAUCCAACAAAAGAACAAGCUGCUUGGCUUCAUGAAAAAGAUCCUAUUAAUUAUCCUGAUAGACAUCAUAAACCAGAACUUGCUUAUGCAUUAACUAGAUUUGAAUUAAUGUGUGGAUUUAGACCUGCUUCUGAAAUUGUUAAAAAUAUGAAUGCUUUUCCAGAAUUAAAAGCUGUUAUGGGUGUUACAAAUUCUGACAAUUUUAUUAAACUUUUUUAUCAAGGAUAUAGUCAAGAAAGUAGAGAUUUAAAAAAAGCUUUGUCAGUUGCAUUUAAACAUAUGCUUUUAACACAAUUAAACAAUCCAGAAUUUAUUAAAAAAAAUCUCGAAAGUUUUAUAAAUAAAUUAAAAUUAAGAAUAUUAAAUGGGUCUGUUUUGAUUGAAGAUACAAUAAAUGUUAUAUUAAAAAUGGAACAAGAUUUUCCCGGCGAUGUUGGAUGUUUUGCAUUACUUUAUCUUAAUCAUAUAAUAUUACAACCAGGUGAAUGUUGUUAUUAUGCUGCUGAAGAACUUCAUGCAUACUUAUCUGGUGAGUGUGUUGAAUGUGUUGGAUGUUCAAAUAAUACUAUUCGUGCUGCCUUAACACCAAAAUACAUUGAUAUUGAUAGUCUUUGUGAAGUUUUAAAUUAUAGAAUGACUGAUGGUUCAUAUUAUAUUGUUGAUCCAAAAACAUUAUCAGGAUAUGAACAUGUUAGAGAGUAUGCUCCUGAUUGUAAAGAUUUUACUCUUCAUGAAAUAAGAAUUUCAACAAAUGAUUGUUUAAAAAAUAAUGCUUCAACUCUUUAUUCAUUACCUGAAUUAUCAUGUGGAUCAAUUGUUGUUAUUGUUGAAGGUGAAGGAUUAGUUCAAGAUAAACAAAUAACAUCAUUAGAAGUAAAUACAUUAAAUGAAAGGAGGUACAAACGUGGUGAUAUUUUUUAUAUUCCACCAAUGCAAGUGGUAACAUUUAUUCAAGAAAAAGGAAAAUCAAAAAAUCUUCUUGCUUAUAGAACAUUUUCAUAUGAAGAUGGACCGGAUCAUUCAAAUAGAAAACUUACCAUUCAAACAUCAAAUAGUACAAGUUCACUUGAAAAUAAUCUAUCACCACCAUUAAUUAUAAAUAAACAAAAAUUAAAAUCUUUCGAUAGGAAAUUAGAGGCAUCCAAUUUAUCAAAUUAUAAUACUCAAAUUAAACCAACAAAAAUAUUUAAAGUUGAAUCAGAAAUGGAUGGAUUUUGUUGA